GCAGCAGUUACAGAAAGGUUGAUCAGAAAUCGUGAACCAUGACGUCGUCAGGUCCUUGCACGCUUACACCAAUCGGUUCAAGGGGAGCUCUUCCCGGACCUCUUCUUCGGGUCGCUCCUGGCGACGACAGGCCGGUGGCCUGAUUGGCUCCCAGCUCUAGAUAGUGGGGACAGCUCAACUCUUUUAGCCUGGAUACGCUAUGAUUCAGGGGUUGUGGACGCUAUCACCAGCGCUGUUUCGGGAAUUUACCCGCAACGCCGGCGCUGCCCCGCCAUCAAUGCCCCUCACAUGGUGGGGAGAAUGGGGAGAAGAAGAGAAGAAAGGGGGGAUGCUUUCGAAUCUUUAAGAACUGGCAUCGGCGCCGUAAGAGACACGGCAGCUUACUCCAGGUUCCUUCCUUCCCAGAGACACUCAGCUACAGAGUCGAGAUCACCAGGUCACCAAGCAUCACCACAAUGGCGUCUUCAACUCCUUUCUCGGUGAGAUGGGGUAUCAUGGCAACGGGAUGGAUCGCUGAAGUGUUCACCAAGGACCUUCUCGCCAACCCGGCCGCUCGCAAUGUGCAUGACGUGCGCCAUGAGGUUGUCGCGGCGGCUUCGUCCAGCUCCAAGGAUCGGGCAGCCGACUUCCUCAAACUCGUCAAGGCCCCGAGCUCGGCGAAAGCGUACGGCUCGUACCAUGAACUGGUGGCCGACCCCGAUAUCGACAUCAUCUACGUCGCCACGCCCCACAGCCACCAUUUCCAGAAUGCCAUGCUCGCGCUCGAGGCCGGCAAGAAUGUGCUCUGCGAGAAGGCCCUGACCGUAACCGCUGAGCAGGCCACCAAGCUCAUCCAGACCGCUCGCGACAAGAAUGUCUUCUUCAUGGAGGCCGUGUGGACGCGCUUCUUCCCCCUCAGCAUCCAGGUUAGGGAGUUGAUUGCGUCGGGCGCCAUUGGCACCGUCUACAGGACCAUUGCCGAUCUUUCGAUUAACAGGGACAAGCCAGAUGGCACGGUCGAUUUUGCCGACUCGCACCGCAUGGUCAACCCGGAGCUGGCGGGCGGCGCCCUUUUAGACCUUGGUAUCUAUGCCCUGACGUGGGUUUUCCAGUCACUGUACCAUGUACAGCCCGAGGAGGAGAAGGAGGCGCCGAAUGUAGUCGCGGCCGUGAACCAAUACCACACGGGUGCCGACGAGACGACCAGCAUCAUUGUGCAGUUCCCCAAGCACAAGAGCCAUGGCAUUGCCCUUACAUCGCUCCGCAUUGCUACAGAUGUGGAUGGGUUGAACAGCGGCGGCGCUGCAAUCCGGAUUCAAGGGUCGCAGGGUGAGAUCCAGGUCAUGGGACCCGCGUACUGCCCGCUGCAAUACAGAGUAAUCAAGAAGGACGGCGGUGGCAAGAUCGAGGUGGUCGACUGCCCGAUUCCCAAGGACCCACAGAGCGGCUGGGGUCAAGGUAUGUUCUGGGAGGCCGACGAGUGUGCGCGCUGCUUGCGCGACGGGAGAAAGGAGAGCAAGACGAUGCCUUGGAGGGAGAGCAUUGUGAUAAUGGAGGUCAUGGAGCAGGCGUUGCGGCAGGGAGGCGUCGCCUACCCCGAGCUCAUUACGACUGGUGUCUACGACGCACAGAGCCCCCUAAACACGGGUAAGCGAUGAUGGGGCUAUGUUGGGCCUUCAUAAGAAGGGCGACCUCAUCCAGAACUACAAUUGAGGUUAAUUCACAGACAAUUCACCUCUACCUGUCUGAUCCGGUUCAUAGCCUCAAUGGGCACGCAAGGCUGAGAUGCCCAAACAUGCUUGGCAAGGUUGGAGACCAAGGUUAAGCCUUGGGCUCGAAAGAUAUGACUGGGCUGCGAAACCACCAACCAGAUCUCUGUGCAGCCAUCCAUUUCUCAG